GAACCCAUCAUGAUAUCGGGCAUAAACAACGUGCAAGUCCCUAUCUCAGUCACUGGUGACGUUAGAAUCUGUUCUAUAAAUGAAUCAUUUAACACUAAUCUAAAAUGCUUGGUUGUACCUGAAAUCACUGGUCAGUUGCCUAAUCACUACUUUGAUGUUUCUAAACUAAACAUACCUAAACAUUAUAACAUGGCUGAUCCCAACUUCAGUCGCCCUUCUGACAUUGAUAUUUUGCUGGGGGCAGAUAUAUUUUAUGAUGUCUUAAAUGCACAAAAAGUGCCUCUUGGUCCUAAUCUGCCUAUUCUUCAGGGCACUAAGCUUGGCUGGAUUGUAGUUGGUCCCUUAGGAACUCGUGAUAAACCAUCUGCCUCGUACUGUCAUUUUACAAAGGAAAUCAGUGAGAAUUUAACAAGGUUUUGGAGACUUGAAGAAAUUUCUUCAACGUCAUCUAAGAUGUCCACUGAAGAGGAAUAUUGUGAAGAUCACUUUCUUAAAAAUACUUACCGGGAUAAUAAUGGUAGAUUUUCAGUCUUAAUGCCACUUAAGGAACCUGAAACUUCUCUGGGUGAUUCUUACAGAAUGGCAGAGAAGCGAUUUUAUAAUCUUGAGAAAAAAUUAGACAAGAACCUUGAUCUUAAAAAUCAGUAUCAUAAUUUCAUUAAAGAAUAUGAGUCCCUUGGACAUUUAUCUAAGACAAAAAAACCUAAUUUUGGAUAUUAUAUGCCACACCACGCAGUCAUCCGCGAAGGUAGUGAAACAACUAAGCUUAGAACAGUCUUUGACGCGUCUGCUAAAACUACAUCAUUAAAAUCCCUAAAUGACAUUCAAUACACUGGUCCAGUCGUUCAGGAUGAGCUGUUUGAUAUCCUACUUAGAUUCCGGCAACAUAGGUACGUACUAACUGGCGAUAUUCAAAAAAUGUACCGUCAAAUCCUGAUAGAUGAGUCACAACGUCACUUGCAAUUGAUUUUAUGGAGAUACAAUAAGUAUGAACCUCUUCAAGUUUAUAAGCUUAAUACUGUGACUUAUGGUACAGCCUCAGCACCUUACCUGAGUACACGCUGUCUGCUACAGUUGGCCCUGGAAUGUCCCGACAAGUCGAUUGCAAAUGUGAUUAGGCAUGACUUUUAUAUGGACGAUAUGCUAACUGGAGCAGACAGUGAUGUUGAGUUAGCUCAUGUUUUGAAUCAAGUAACAUCUGUACUUAAUUCUGCGUGCCUACCAUUGCAUAAAUACCGCACAAAUUGCCCUCACAUUUUUAAUGAUGAAACCAUGACGGAAUCUCUUAACUUAAAUAAACAAUCAAGCGUAUUAGGCUUGGGAUGGACGCCUGACACUGACACGUUGAACUUUUCUAUAAAUAUAAAUAAAAACACAGACAAAAUCACUAAAAGAGUUAUUUUGUCUAAUACGUGCAAAAUUUUCGACCCAUUAGGCUUACUUAGCCCAUGUACAGUCACCUUAAAAAUAUUACUUCAAAAAUUAUGGCAAUUAAAACUAGGAUGGGACGAAGUCGUUCCCAAUGAUAUAAACAAAAUUUGGAAUAAAAUGAUCACUGACCUUGAGCUAUUACUUUCAGUAUCGGUUCCCCGACACGCGCUCUGCGUGGCACCUACUGUCUGCGAGCUACAUUGCUUCGUAGACGCAUCAAAGGACGCCUACGCAGCGUGUGCGUACUUACGCACAGUGAAUCAAACUAAUCAAAUGUCUCCUUUUCUCGACAGUGAAGGCGUGCUGAGAGUAGGUGGUCGGCUCAAUAACACGAACUUUAACUUUAAUAAAAAACAUCCAGCCUUAUUGGAUGGAAAACAUUAUUUCACAAGAUUGCUGAUGAGAGCCGAACAUCUGCGCUUGCUGCAUGCAGGCCCUCAACUGCUCCUAGCAACGUUUAGGGAUCAGUUUUGGCCUCUCGGGGGGAGGACGCUUGCACGUAAAGUAACUAGAGAAUGCGUAAUUUGUACUCGAUUUAGAGGCCAAACUAUGGAGCCGUUGAUGGGACACCUGCCUGAGGACAGGGUGACUCAAAAUUAUCCAUUUCAAGUUUCUGGUAUGGAUUUCGCCGGACCACUCCUAAUAUCCAGUAAAAAAGGCCGCGGUAAUCGUAUAUCAAAAUGUUAUUUAUGCCUGUUCAUUUGUUUUUGUACAAAGGCGAUCCAUUUAGAAAUAGUAAGCGACUUAAGUACAAACGCUUUCAUUUCUUGUCUUCGAAGGUUUAUUUCUAGAAGGGGAAAACCUGAUAAAUUAUAUUGUGACAAUGCCACAAAUUUUGUUGGGGCCAAUAAUGAAUUGGGCAGGGCGUUACUAUCAAGCCUGAAGUCAGUGUAUGAGUUCGCAGCGGAGGAGGGCAUUAAGUUUAAUUUUAAUCCCCCGUACUCUCCCACAUUCGGUGGUUUAUGGGAGGCCGGCAUAAAGAGCGCAAAAUAUCACAUGAAACGCAUAGUAGGAAAUGCUAGUCUAACCUACGAGGAGCUGAGCACGCUUUGUACGCAAAUCGAAGCUGUCCUCAACUCCCGACCCUUAACUCCCAUGUCACCCGACUCACACGACCUUUCUCCCUUGACCCCAGGGCAUUUUCUCGUCGGACGGCCGCUAACAUCACUGCCGUCACCUCCAAUGGCUACUACGAAGAAGCUGACAUCCAGAUACCAGCUAAUCGAAGCUUUACGAGAGCACUUUUGGAUAAGAUGGCAUAAUGAAUAUCUAUCCGAACUACAAAAGAGAACCAAAUGGCGAUCUCCUUACACAAGCCUUAAAGAAGGAUCGAUGGUGGUUUUUAAGGAAAAUAAUGUACCGCCUAUGAAGUGGAGACUGGGAAGACUUCACAGACAUUACCCAGGCAAGGACGGGGUCGCGCGCGUUGCUGAUUUCGUGACGUACAGAGGAAUCGAGCGACGAGCUCUGAAUAAAGUAUGCCCCCUGAUGUUAGAAGAGGAUAUGUUGGAGAAAGCCUCGACUUCAACCAUUCCCGUGGUUUCUUCGGCUUCCCCCAAGGCCCCCCAGGAUGUCUACGACGACCGCGAGACGCGGGUUGAGGCGCGGGGAGGGAGCGGCGCGGGAGCCGCUCGCCCCAUUCAGCUACGACAAACGUUCGCGCACACAACGUCAUAAUUGUACUUACUUAAAGUAAAUUACCUAAAGUAAACCAGUAAUCAUCAUAAA